AUGUCGCUGCUGCUCAGCCCCCCACCCUUUGCAAAACCCAAACCAGGGUGCGGUGCUGGGGCCCUGCAGAAGGGCUGGGAACACCGUGAGCUGUCUGGGUUGGCUCCCAUCCCUGCUCAUCUUGGAGUUUCACCCCCAGUGGAGCUCAGCCCGGCUGUGGGGGAGCGAAGCAGCCGCCGGGGGCCCCCGGGGGCCCCCCAUCACCCCAAAGCUGCUGGGAGCCGACGGCCGAGCCCACCCACCCCGCCGGAGAGCCGGCUUCCUCCAGCCCGAGCCAGGCACGUCGUCUUCGAGGAUGAGGUGGUGCCAGUGGGGAGACCCCCGGGGAGGCUCCCCCCUGCCAAGAAGGGGGAGAAAUCAGGGGCCAGGACCAUCCCCCCCGGGCUGGCACCCCGGCCACACGCUGUCCCAGACUACGUGGUAAAAUACCCGGCGAUCCGGAGCCCCUGGCAGCGGGAGGGCUACAAGGGCGUCUUCCAAGACCAGCUGGCAGAGUACACGGAGCUGCUCGGGGAGAUCCGCGCCGGGCGGCCGAGGCCCAGGGAGCUGGAGGCAGCAAUGGGCUGGUGGCCCCGGCACGCCGCGAGCAGGACGGAUGAGAGCAGGGUGACCCACGUCUGGCACGUGAGGAAGAAGAUGGAUUUGGCCCUUCUGGAGAAGCAGCAGCGCUGCGAAUACCUGAAGAAGAAGCUGACGCACAUCAAGGCGCGGAUCCAGGAGUACGACCGCGCCGCCCGCGCCGGCUAUUUCUGAGCCUGUGCACCCACCGGCACCCACGGCGGGGGACGAGGACCCCAGAGAGGGGGGACACCCCGGGGACUGGGUGCUGGGGAAGGGGUGGCCAUGCUGCAGGGCUGCACCCGCUGCCCACCCAGGCGUUGCACCCACCGGGUGUGGAGAGCAAACCCACUGUGCUGCUGGUUUUGGGGUCCUCUGGGUGCUCCGUGCCCCGGGGAGCCUCGUGCCCUGGGGUCCUGAGUGGGUGCUGCUUGUCCCCCACAUGGGAGCCAGGCCCUGGCUGUGCCCCCAUUUUAUCCCAUGUAAAUUGGGGAGCACCUUCCCCUUGCCCCUCUGCUCCGAGACAGCUGCAAAA